CAUGGCUGUGUCAUAACUUGUGCUCAUAACCUCAAUUGCUCAAUUCAGUUUGUUGUUUGUUCGUUUUCUGAAAACUACAAGUUUUUCGUUUGUCUCGUGACGAUUUUUCUAUAAAAAAUACAAACAUUUGAACAAAUAGACAACUAUGCUAGAAAAGUUACAUGAAUAUUAGUGAAAGAAUUACAACCCCUUUUGAAACCAGAAACAUGGGUCAGACACUAUCAGAACCAGUAACAACCAGGGACACUGCCUGCUGCCAAGACAAAAAGUUCAAGGUAGGAUCCAGCUGUAUGCAAGGAUGGAGGGUAAAUAUGGAGGACUCACAUACACAUCUGCUAUCUUUACCAGAUGAUGCAGAUACAGCAUUCUUUGCUGUCUAUGAUGGACAUGGCGGUGCCAAGAUAGCAGAUUAUGCUGGCAGGCAUUUACACAAAUAUGUCAUUAAGAGGCCAGAGUACCAAGAGGGAAAUAUUGCAGAGGCCAUGAAACAGGGAUUUUUAGAGACAAUGUAUUGCAAUCAUUUUUCAUUUGCAGAAUUAGACAACCACAUGCGAUAUGAAGAAAGCUUAGGAAACGAGCCAUCUGGCACGACGGCUGUGACAAUCAUCAUUAAGGGCAAUAAAUUGUACUGUGCUAACGUAGGCGACUCUAGGGCGGUGGCCAGCAUCAGUGGCAAGUCGGAGGAGCUGUCGGAAGACCACAAACCCUCCAAUUCCAAAGAAUAUAACAGAAUUGUGGCUGCGGGCGGUUGGGUGGACGCGAAUAGGGUGAAUGGGAGCCUAGCGCUGUCUAGGGCACUCGGUGAUUAUGCCUUCAAGAGGAACCAGUAUAAAGGACCUGAGGAGCAGAUGGUUAUAGCGUACCCUGACGUGGUAGAGCGUACGAUCGACGAGAACUGGGAGUUCAUCGUGCUAGCUUGCGACGGUAUCUGGGACGUAAUGAGCACCAGAGAAGUGGUGCGAUAUGUGCGCGAAAACAUCGCCGCUGGCUUGGAACCUGAGGAUAUUUGCGAGAACCUGAUGAUGCGCUGUCUGGCGCCCGAUUGCCAAAUGGCCGGGUUGGGAUGUGACAACAUGACUGUGGUCAUUGUUGCGCUGUUGCACGGCGACACUUACGAAAAGUUGCAGGAGAAGUGCAAGGUGCCUAUCGUGGACCCCACGUUGUUCGAACAACUUCUUGCGAAGGUUGAAAGAGGUGAAUAUAUAAGUAGCACAACUUUUUACGAACCGGAGGACCAAGAAAGUGAAGAGGAAAAUGAUGAGUCUCCAGCAAAUGAGCAAUCUGGUAAUUCUGAAAAAUGUGGGGUAGAAUAACAUCAAAGUGAGACUAAACUGUGUUCCAUUAUUGUAAAUAAAUAUAAAUUAUGUACAUACAUUUCAUAUAUUAUUUUCGAUUUUGGUAUAACGUAUUUUAUGCAAUUCUAUACUCUAUUUUUGUAGUAUACUUCUCAGCAGGGUAUGUUGGACAUUGCAGCGUUUUUGUGUUUGCCAAAGUGGUUAGAUGGAUGUUUUGACCUGUGAAGCAUUGACAUGGAUAUAUGUAUGCGUGCACUGUGUUCCAGUGCUGUAUAAAAUAAUUGCAAAAUAAAUCUGAAAUUUAAAUCAUUACAUUAACUAUUAGUGUAAUGUACUGUAAAAUAUGAAUUGAAUAGUUAUGCUUGGAAAAUUCAAAUAAUGCCUAUCAAUGGGAAAAUGCGUGCCAUCUAGGCAUUUUAGUGCCUAUGUUUAUCAGCACACCACAAUUUUUCCAAAAAGUGUCGUUCUUAGUGGGUUUGUAUUGAGUGUAUAAAGACUAUAUAGCAACACUGUAAAUAUAUUAAUACAUAACCUCACAUAUUGAAAGUUGUAAAUUGGUACAAUCUACCCUCGCUAAAGCCUGUUAACCCGGCAUCCCACAGGUAAAAUUUUAUUACAAGUUCCGACAGGUGUGGUGUGAUAUACCCCAAAUAUAGGCAGGCUUUUUAUUUACUAAUUUUGUUUCUUUGAUUACUUUCAUGAUUUAAAUAUCAUUUAACAUUGUUUAUGUUUAUACAACUCGUAUAACAACAAAAAAAACUAAUCUGAAUAUUCACAUAACUAGUUUAUUUGAAAUUACAUUUUUUUGUUAUUGGAACAUAGGAACAAGUUUCUAAUUUUAAUUAAAAAUUAAAAAAACGUUCAGUACAUUUUUUGCUAAAAAUGAAAGAACACACUCUACACUUUUAUAUAAAGAAAACCGAAUAAACCUAAAUGGAACAGAAACAUUUUUAUUCAUUGGUAACUUCAGCAGAAUUUUUGCAAAACUUAGCGCAUGUUCAAGGCAAAUAAAUGUUUCCCAGGUCUGACAAACGUAUCUGGUCUUUCUGUUUUCAGCUCGGGAACAUUCUGGACACCUCCCUUGUUGAUUUGGUCUCACCUUCUUCGAUGGAGGUUCAGGAUUUUCACCCAAUAUUUUCCGAAUAUUUCCUCUUAGCUCCCUUGUUAGGCCUAGGGUUUUUCAUUCUGCUUCUUUGAAAUUCUUCUGCCAACUGCAUACCCAACUGCUUUAAGAAAAUUCUUCUUGGUAAUUUGAUGUUAGUGUUCUCUCUAUAUAUAAUAUAACUGUUAAUGCCUGCAGUAUUUAGGAGGGAGAAAAAUAAAGUUAAAGGCCAACGUCGACUAUUUCUCGAAACAUUGUAUGAUGCAGAUAACUCGUCUACUACAUCAACGCCACACUUGGUAAAGUUAUAAAAAGAUAUUAUUUCUGGAAGUUUUUUCUCUGACUCAUCUACUGCAUCAUCGUGAUGUAAAGAAGAUAAUAGCAGUACAAUUUUGUUCUUUUUCGGGCAAUAGGAAACAAGAGUGUAUCCUUCCUGGAAUCCAAAUAAGCUAGAAUGAACUUCUCGAUUAUUUACAUUAAAAAAAGAUGCUGGUAGACAUGGUUUAUUUUUCCGUAUAGUUCCCACCGCAGUCAGUUUGUGAUCCUUGCGCAGAAUUUCUAAAAGCUCAAGACUGGUAUAUCAAUUGACGAAAGUAAUGUUACGGUUCGUUCCUGAGACUGGAGCCACUAAGCGGCUUACUAUGUCCUUAGGACUAUUGCUGACAUUAAAUACUCCCUCAGGUUGCUUCCCCACAUAAACUUCCAUAUUCGAUAGUUCGUUCGCGCAUCUAUAAGGCUUGUAGUUUUAUGCCGUAUUUUGCGGGCUUAUUUGGAAUGUAUUGUCUGAAGGAGCUCCUGCCACAAAAUGACUCCAGUUUCUUAUCGAUUGUAAGAUAUUGAGACAAAUAAGCCUUCUAACAGUUGUCAACAAAUCUAUCGCAAACAGCUGUAAUAGGGGCCAACUUAUCCAAUUUAACCCUAUCUUUGCGAUUAUUUUUGUUGUCGAAACGUAAACAGGAAAUAAGGAAUUCAAAUCGCCUUUGACUCAUAGUAGCCGGAAAUAUAUCCAUUCCAGUACCAUCGGUAUUCCAUAGCUCAUAUAAAAAUCGGUGGUUAUUUUUGAAAACUCCUGAUAGGUACAAAAUGCUGAGCACUGCUUCAAUUUCUGCCGGAUUCGUUUCUCCUUAAUGGGGAGAUUCCUUCCAUUUCUCAGAUUUUUCUAUGAUCCUUAGAUUCGUAUUUUUAACUAUAUCUGCGAUCAUUACCUUAUCAAUAAAGAGCAAAAAGCAUUCAAGUGGAGUUUUAGCCAUUUUCGCAUGGUUUUUAACUCCUGGAAGAUGGGCUAUUAUGUUUUCAGAUCUACUUCGAACAUUUCUAUUAACUCUUUCAGGGGCAAACUAUUUUAUAAAAUUUAUUCUCUAUUUGGGCACAAAAAACAUUUUUUUUUAUUACUUGUUUUUCACAUAAAAUGCUAUUUGAGGAUAUAAAUAAUACUCAAAGCUUUUCAUAUUUUUUAUUUUUACAUGUAAUUUUUCAUAUAUUUGGCAAAAAAUAAGUGGUGCUAUAUAUGUACCACUGCCCUAUUCCUAUUUAUUUC